AUGAGGCCAGUUGACUCAUCACUGGAGUGUCACUAUGAGUGUGUCCCCAGCAUGUCAGAUGGUACAGUCCUGGCAACUGGAAGCCUAAAACCUGGCCCCAUGGAGAGGACAUUUAUCUGCCUGGUCAUCAUCUUCUUUGGGACAGUGACCCCUAAGAGUUCUCCAGAUCGCCGCCAAAUAAGGCUGAUGCAACUUGUAGAAACGGUUAAACAACUGCGAACGUGUGUGAAUGACACGGAUCCUGCACUUCUGUCUACACCUGAAAAUGUUGAGCUUGUUUCCUCUCUCCCUUUCUUUCCUUUCUUUUAUCUUUCUUUCCUUCCCUGUCUUCCCUCUUUCCUUUCUUUUUUUUUUGUUUCCUCUCUUCCUCCCUCCUCCCCUCCUUUCUUCCUUUUUUCUUUGCAAGAAACCAUGGCAUUAAGGAUAGAAAUGAAAAUGCCUGUUUUUUUGGUUUUCCAGAAAUGCCCUUCAUGUGAUUCUUUUAAGAAGAAACUACAUAAAGAAUUCUUUAAGAACCUGGAAUCACUUCUGCAAAAGGUAUCCUUGUUUCUUGUAUCACUUCCAUUUACACACGGGGACUGAGUUCUUCAUGCUGGGAUCACUGAUGUUGUGUUGUCUUCACAGAUGAUUUCUCAUGAUCACCAUCAUCAUUGACAUGGCCAGUGUACUUAAUACAUGAAGAUGCCAGAAGCCCUAAGAGAAAGUUGGACACUAUAUUGACGUACUCUAAGUUCUUAAUAUUUUAACAGAGGAAAUACAGUGUAACAAUGAUGGGGGGAAAUGAGUUCAGAUAAGAGUUUAAAACCAAGAAGAGUUUUCCAAAAUUACUAUCAGACACAAACCUUCCAUUCUUUUUUCUAUCCUAGAUUUGAUGACUUGAGGACAUGGCCAGCUCAGUUCAUUACUCCUCAUUAUUGAGGGGAUCGAUGGAGAGGCCACAUCUUCUGAUAUUCACCCUUUACUAUAUUACUCUGCUGGAGUACUGUCACUAGGAGAUGGGGAAGGAUAGGAUCACUUUGGAUCUGCCUCUCUCUUUCUCCUUUGGUAAUCCUGAUACACAGGAGCUAGGAAAAAUUAUUUUAAAACACAAAACUUUUUUUUAAAAGAAAAAGAUCUAAUUAAAAAAAUCUUAUCUGAACAGCUUUUUCCCCAUCUGAGUAUAUUUUACAUGUUAAAAAUGUAAUUUAUUUAUGUUUUGAGGGAAAUUACUUUUCUAGCUGGCUACUAAGAAUGUCUCUAUUCAUAAAGAUCCAGUGAAAUAUUUAUAUUCUAUAGAAAUGAAGAAAUGUAUUUAUAUUAUUGUUUUUUUCAUAGGAUUAGAUUAUUGUGCCAGCAGAGAGUAUAAAAUGCUCCCCAACAAAAUCUCUUUACCAUUCAUAGAGUUAGAGCUGGAAGGGAUUAUAGAGGCCAUAGUCCAAUCCCCUCAUUUUGGAGAAGAGUUCCAGAAAAAAAAAAAAAAAAGCCAAGUGAUAUAUGCUCAGAGCCACAUAGUUUGUAACCCUGAGGAAGAGCUUGAACUCAGUUCUUCCUGACUCCCAAUUCCAGCGUCCUAUCCACUAAGUUCAAAGAAAAUAUUCUGAGCCAGGUGAGGCUGCCACACUUAAUUUUCUGCCUCCGUCUCAUUCUCCAACAAAACUACCAUAAUGGACAUAGGAGAUGGCAGUCAGCAACAACAUCCCUGGACAACAUGAACUUUGAAGUCUGAAAAUUGAACUCCUAUGGAGCAAAUGUUACAAAAUUCCUUGCACAACUUGUGUCUAAAUAGUUUUGGGGAAAGAAAUUUUCCUUUGUCUUAAAUGUCUUAAAUAAUAUUAAGCCAUCCAAAUAAGUGUAAUGGCAAACAAGC